CGGGCCUGACGUCUGUGGCGUCCCGCUCCGAGUUCGCUCUCCAUCACUGCUGGCAAGUGUCUGUAGAGCGGAGCGCGAAGGUCUCAGCGCUCGGGGCAGCUGCACCAUCCGCACCUGCGGCGACCUCCCGCCCCGCACCUGGCGAGGCUCGGUUGCGGCGCCCGCUGUCCUCCAGGGCAUGGCGCGCGUGAAGACGGGGUCUCUCAGCCGCAAGGACCGCCUGUGAGUCGGCGAGCAGAGGACCGAGUGGGAGCGCGACCGCGCGCACGAUGCUUGUCCGGGCGGAGACGAAAGCCGCUUGGCGCGCGGUGGCCCUGGCUCUGCUGCUGCUCCCCGCUGUGCCUGCAGCCGCUCCGCCGCGACCCCCGCGCCCGCUGCAGCCGAACAUGCCCCAUGUGUGUGCUGAGCAGAAGCUGACCCUGGUGGGCCACCGCCAGCCCUGUGUGCAAGCCUUCAGCCGCAUAGUGCCCGUGUGGAGAUCAGACUGUGGGCAGCAGGCAUGGUGUGUUGGCCAAGAGCGCAGGACUGUCUACUAUAUGAGCUAUAGGCAGGUGUAUGCCACGGAGGCCCGCACUGUGUUCAGGUGCUGCCCAGGGUGGAGCCAGAAGCCUGGCCAAGAGGGCUGCCUCUCAGAUGUAGAUGAGUGUGCCAAUGCCAAUGGGGGCUGUGAAGGCCCAUGCUGCAACACUGUGGGCGGUUUUUACUGCCGCUGCCCACCUGGCUACCAGCUGCAGGGGGAUGGCAAAGCCUGCCAAGAUGUGGACGAGUGUCGUGCACACAAUGGUGGUUGCCAGCAUAGGUGUGUGAAUACCCCUGGCUCUUACCUCUGUGAGUGCAAACCUGGCUUCCGGCUCCACACAGACGGCAGGACCUGCCUAGCCAUCAGCUCUUGCACUCUGGGAAAUGGUGGCUGCCAGCAUCAGUGUGUCCAGCUCACAGUGACACAGCACCGCUGUCAGUGCCGGCCCCAGUACCAGCUGCAGGAGGAUGGCAGGCGCUGUGUGCGGAGAAGCCCGUGUGCAGAUGGCAAUGGUGGCUGCAUGCACGUAUGCCAGGAGCUCCGAGGCCUUGCCCACUGUGGCUGCCACACAGGUUACCAGCUUGCUGCAGACCGCAAGGCCUGUGAAGAUGUGGAUGAAUGUGCCGUGGGGCUGGCCCAGUGUGCUCACGGCUGCCUCAACACUCAGGGAUCCUUUAAAUGCGUGUGCCACGCAGGCUAUGAGCUGGGUGCUGAUGGCCGGCAGUGCUACCGAAUUGAGAUGGAGAUUGUGAACAGCUGCGAGGCUGGCAAUGGCGGCUGCUCACAUGGCUGCAGUCACACUAGCACCGGACCCCUGUGCACCUGCCCUCAUGGUUACGAGCUGGAUGAAGACCAGAAGACCUGCAUUGACAUUGACGACUGUGCCAACUCUCCAUGCUGCCAGCAGGUGUGUGCCAACACCCCUGGUGGGUAUGAGUGCAGCUGCUAUGCUGGCUACCGGCUCAACACUGACGGCUGUGGUUGUGAGGAUGUUGACGAGUGUGCCUCUGGUCACAGCGGCUGCGAGCAUCACUGCUCUAAUCUGGCUGGCUCCUUCCAGUGCUUCUGUGAGGCUGGAUUCCGGUUGGACGAGGACCGGAGGGGCUGCACCCCCCUAGAAGAGUCCGUGGUGGACCUGGAUGGCCAGCUGCCCUUUGUGCGGCCCCUGCCCCACGUCGCAGUGCUGAGGGAUGAGCUUUCACAACUCUUCCAGGAUGACUAUGGGGCUGAGGAGGCGGCGGCGGCAGAGUUGCGGGGAGAGCACACGCUCACUGAGAAGUUUGUCUGCCUGGACCACUCCUUUGGCCAUGACUGCAGCCUGACCUGUGAUGACUGCAGGAACGGAGGGACAUGCUUCCCGGGCCUGGAUGGCUGUGACUGCCCAGAGGGCUGGACGGGGAUCAUCUGCAAUGAGACUUGCCCUCCAGACACCUUCGGGAAGAAUUGUAGCUCUCCCUGCAUCUGUCAGAAUGGUGGAACCUGUGACCCGGUGUCAGGAGCCUGCCGCUGUCCCCCGGGUGUCAGUGGAACCCACUGUGAGGACGGCUGCCCCAAGGGCUUCUACGGCAAACAUUGUCGUAAGAAAUGCCACUGUGCUAACCGGGGCCGGUGCCACCGCCUCUACGGGGCCUGCCUCUGUGACCCAGGGCUCUAUGGCCGCUUCUGCCAUCUUGCCUGCCCUCCCUGGGCCUUUGGGCCGGGCUGUUCCGAGGAUUGCCGCUGUGAGCAGUCACACACGCGGUCUUGUAACCCGAGGGACGGCAGCUGCUCCUGCAAGCCUGGCUUCCAGGGGGAGCACUGCCAGUCAGAGUGUGAGCCAGGCUUCUUUGGGCCUGGCUGCAGACACCAUUGCACCUGCCCAUCGGGUGUGGCCUGUAACCCUGUGAGUGGCGAGUGUCCCACGCAGUGUCCUCCUGGCUACCACGGGGAGGACUGUGGCCAAGAGUGCCCAGUAGGAACAUUUGGUGUGAACUGCUCAGGUUCCUGCUCCUGUGUGGGGGCCCCCUGCCAUCGGGUCACAGGACAGUGUCUGUGCCCACCAGGGAAGACUGGGGAGGACUGUGGAGCAGAUUGUCCCGAGGGCCGUUGGGGGCUUGGCUGUCAGGAGAUCUGCCCUGCAUGUGAACAUGGUGCCAACUGCGACCCUGAGACUGGAGCCUGCCUGUGCCUCCCUGGCUUUGUUGGCAGCCGCUGCCAGGAUGCUUGCCCAGCAGGCUGGUUUGGAACCGGCUGCCAGAUGAGGUGUGCUUGUGCCAAUGACGGACACUGCCACCCAGCCACUGGACGCUGUAGCUGCGCCCCUGGGUGGACUGGCCUCAGCUGUCAGAGAGCCUGUGACAAUGCACAUUGGGGGCCCGAUUGCAUCCACCCUUGCAACUGCAGUGCAGGCCGUGGGAGCUGUGAUGCCAUCAGUGGCCUGUGCCUGUGUGAGGCUGGCUAUGAAGGUCCCCAGUGUGAGCAGUUGUGUCGCCAGGGGUACUUUGGACCUAACUGUGAGCAGAAGUGCAAGUGUGAGCAUGGGGCAACCUGUGACCAUGUCAGUGGGGCCUGUACCUGCCCAGCCGGCUGGAGGGGAAGUUUCUGUGAGCACGCCUGUCCUGCUGGCUUCUUUGGGUUAGACUGUGGCAGUGCCUGCAACUGCUCUGCUGGGGCCUCAUGUGAUGCUGUGACCGGCUCCUGCAUCUGCCCAGCUGGCCGCUGGGGCCCACACUGUGCCCAGGCUUGCCCGUCCCUCACCUAUGGGCUUAACUGCAGUCAAGUUUGUACCUGUUUCAAUGGGGCCUCCUGUGACCCUGUCCAUGGGCAAUGCCACUGUGCCCCUGGCUGGAUGGGACUCGCCUGCCUGCAGGCCUGCCCCACUGGGCUGUACGGCAAGAACUGUCAGCACUCCUGUCUCUGCCGAAAUGGAGGGAGCUGUGACCCCAUCUUGGGCCAGUGCACGUGCCCAGAGGGCUGGACCGGCUUGGCCUGUGAGAAAGAGUGCCUUCCUGGACACUACGGAGCUGGCUGUCAGCUUAGCUGCAAUUGCCUUAAUGGGGGCAUGUGCGACCCACUCACGGGCCACUGCCUCUGCCCAGCUGGCUGGACUGGGGACAAGUGUCAGAGCCCCUGUGCCAAGGGCAUGUUUGGGGUUCACUGUGAGGAGCAUUGUACCUGCCGGAGAGGUGCCACCUGCCACCAUGUCACGGGGGCCUGCCUCUGUCCCCCAGGAUGGAGGGGCUCACACUGUGAGGAUGCCUGUCCAUAUGGCUGGUUUGGAGAGGCCUGUGCCCAGCAUUGCCACUGCCCACCUGGUGCCUCCUGCCACCAUGUUACUGGGGAGUGCCAUUGUCCACCUGGCUUCACUGGACCUGGCUGCGAGCAGGCCUGCCAGCCUGGCACCUUUGGAAAGGACUGUGGGCACCUCUGCCAAUGUCCUGGUGAGACCUGGGCCUGCCACCCUGCUUCAGGGGCCUGCGUAUGUGCUGCUGGUUACCAUGGCACUGACUGUCGGCAACGAUGCCCUCCUGGGCGCUAUGGGCCAGGCUGUGCACAAGUUUGUAAGUGUCUCAAUGGUGGUUCCUGCAACACAGCCACGGGAGCGUGCCACUGCCCUGCCGGGUUCCUCGGGGCCGACUGCAGCCUUGCCUGCCCACAGGGUCGCUUCGGCCCCAGUUGUGCCCAUGUGUGUGCAUGUGGGCAAGGGGCGGCCUGUGACCCUGCGUCAGGGACUUGCAUCUGUUCUCCUGGGAAGACUGGAGUCCACUGUGAACAUGGGUGUCCCCAGGAUCGGUUUGGCAAGGACUGUGAGCUCAAGUGUGCCUGCAGAAAUGGGGGUCUGUGUGAUGUUACUAAUGGCAGCUGUUCCUGUCCCCUGGGCUGGAUGGGGCCACACUGCGAGCAGGCCUGUCCUGCUGGGCGCUAUGGUGCUGCCUGCCUUCUGGGGUGUUCCUGUCAGAACAAUGGUACCUGUGAGCCCACCACGGGUGCUUGCCACUGUGGCCCUGGCUUCUAUGGUCAAGCUUGUGAGCACUCCUGCCCCGCUGGCUUCUAUGGAUCUGGUUGCCAGGGAGUCUGUGAGUGUCAACAGGGAGCCCCCUGCGACCCUGUCAGUGGCCAGUGCCUCUGCCCUGCUGGCUUCCAUGGCCAGUUCUGUGAGAGGGGGUGCAAGCCAGGCUUUUUUGGAGAGGGCUGCCGGCAGCAGUGUAACUGCAACAAAGGUGUGCCCUGUGAUUCCAUCAGUGGCCUCUGCCUUUGCCCACCGGGGCGCACAGGAGCUACAUGUGACCAGGAUUGCAGAAGGGGCCGCUUUGGGCCUGGCUGUGCCCUGCGCUGUGACUGUGGGGGUGGGGCUGGCUGCGACCCCAUCAGUGGGCAGUGCCAUUGCGUGGACAACUACACAGGGCCCACUUGCCAGGAAGUGGCUACACAGCCAUCCUCCAGCAGCCCAGCACCCCAGCAGCCCAGCAGCAGGGCCAUGAGGCACUAGUUCAUGGAAUCCCCACAGAGGACCACUACCAUGUUCCAGCCCAAGGCACUGAGAGGACAUGUGUGGACCUAGGACUCCUGGUUCCAUACCUCUUCUGGAAAGCUAUGGAUCUCUGUGGAGGGCUGUGGAGAGCCUCAAGGUCACGGGGAAGAAGGCCUCAAGUGGACACAGUGAACCCAGGGAAGUGGACCAGGCCUCAGGCCACCGUUUACAUGGGAACCCUGCAGGCUAUGCUGAGGAAUCCUGGCUCUCUUUAGGGACCUGGGUUGGGACCAAGGCAGGAGUUGGCAAGGCCCCACCUGCCUGGCAGGUCCUUCUGGUGCUAGGCCAUGGACUGCUGCAGCCAGCCAACUGUUUACCUGGAAACGUAGUCCAGCCCAUAUUUAUGUAAAGGUAUUUAUGGGCAGCUCCACUUGCCAUUGUGGCCCUAGGUCAGCUGGAAGCUACCCCAUCCCAGAAGCUUGGACUCAGGCCAGUGGGCUGUGGGGUCUCCAGAGUUUUGUAAAGUCCUAUGAGUUAAAGGCACAGUGGUGUCCUCGUG